GCAGAUUAAGGACCAGUCGAAGAAGAUGUCCAACCUGAAACACAUGGAGCAGCUGGAGAAGAGCAGGAACGCCCAGCUGAUGGACGACGCCAAGAAGAGAGAGGACAACCUGAACCAAAGCUCCCAGCAGAUCAAGGACUCCCUCCGUCAGAAGGAGGAGCGCAUCGAGGAGCUGGAGGAGGCGCUGAGGGAAAGCGUUCAGAUCACCGCGGAGAGGGAGGUGGUGCUCGCCCAGGAGGAGCAUUCACGCACACACUCUGAGAAACAGGUGGACGACCUGCUGGUUGCCAUGGAGAAGGUGAAGCAGGAACUGGACGUGAUGAAGGCCAAGCUGUCAUCAACUCAACUCUCACUGGCUGAGAAGGAAGGUCACCUGACGUCGCUGCGGGCCGAGCGGCGGAAGCACCUGGAGGAGGUCCUGGAGAUGAAGCAAGAGGCGCUGCUGGCAGCCAUCAGUGAGAAAGACGCCAACAUCGCCCUGCUGGAGCUCUCCUCCUCCAAGAAGAAGAAAACCCAGGACGAGGUGGCAGCUCUGAAGCGGGAGAAGGAUGGUCUGGUUCAUCAGCUCAAACAGCAGACUCAAAACCGGAUGAAGCUUAUGUCUGACAAUUAUGAAGAUGAGCACCUGAAAGUCUCCUCUCCAAGCUCAGAGCAGCCCAACAAUCACAAGCCCUCCCCAGAUCAGAUUCUCUCUCCUCUCCUGGAUCUCAAUCAGAAUCGCAGCAAGCUGAAGCUGUACAUCAGUCACCUGACCUCGCUGUGUCAGGAGCGAGACCCAAUCAUACUGCAGGACUUCGCCCCGCCCCCCGCCUAUCACCGCUCUGACUCCGCCUCCUGGCAUACGCAGCUGCAAAGCAUGACGCGGGAGCAGAUGGAGGCGGAGUUAGAGCAGUGUGAGAGGGAGGGGGCGGAGCUUCAGGACUACGCCAAUCAGGUCCUGCAGCAGAUCGCCGAACGAUGCCCCGACAUUCUGGAACAAGUGGUGAACGCUCUAGAGGACAGCUGCUGACACAUGAACACACACACACACACUUAUCCACACACAGAAAAGCUUGUCCAUUAGUUAGCGUGAAAAUCAAGGAAACACACACAUAAAAAACAUCAGGGGUCUCCAGCUAGCCCCCGUCAUCUCCUGGUACACACAUAAAAAGGACGAAGACUUUUUCUUCCCCCACACUUCAAUUUUCAGAGGCACAGAAAGGAGAUUCAAAAAUAAAAAAUCCUUUCUGAAAAAUAUUCUUCCACUGUGUCUUCAGCCGCUCUCACUUCAAACAAACAGUGCCGGCUGAGGGAAUGAUGUUCAGUAAACACAGAGCUGUGUUGGCAUGCUAGUUAAUAAGAAUUGAUGAUUGAGACUUUUAACACAUUCAUUUCCUAACAUCUCGGAAACAGAAGGAGCCUCACUGCACCCCCCCAUGUGUGACACUUCACAGCGGCCAUCUUGUGUCUUUCCAGGCAAUCAGCAGACUUGUAAUUGUGACUUGAUGUAUUUUAUGGGGGGGGGGGAGGAUUAAAAAGGGUGAGAGUGAGUGAAGCUUGCCAGGUUGUGUCUGAUGCCAGACUUACACGCUGUUACCACAUUGUGAUUUGAUUGGUUACAGAUACAAAAUAGUUUAUUUCAACCGCCUUUGAUUCUUUACAUCAUUUGCUGCUAUCUUUUUAACAUUAAGCUUCUAUUUCUACCAUGUCUCUUUUUUUCUGAUGAAAUGUCUAAACUUCUUUCUGCAGUAAUCUCUAGGGAGUUGAGCAUUUGAAUUAACAGGAGCUUUCAUCAUGGGGACGUGACACUUUCAUUUUUUCCCACCAUUGUUGAUGAAAGGCACAAACUACAAUAACUCUCGCAAUACUCCCUUUAUUAAAACACACCAGUAGAUGUUUGAGUUUCUUUUGAACCUAAGAAAGCUAUGCUGGAAGUCGGUUGUGUUCAGAAAACCCCUCACUUACCGUGUAGUGACAAUCCCUUUAGAGUUAACAUGAGGAGACUUCAUUGCCCUUAUCAAAGCAUUUUUUUUUUCUUGGGAGGUAGAGAAUAUAAAAUAAUUGCUAUAUAUUUUUUUGCUUUUGGUAAUAUAUAUACAAAUCUUGUUUAAUUGAAAAAGUUGUCAUGUAUUGGUUGGUAUGUUACAUAAUGUGUCAAACGUUGUUUUCUGUGUUUGCAAGUCACCACAGAAGUGUUCCAGAGCAGGAGACUGUUAUUAGGGACGUGUUGCACCUACAUGAGGCUCUGUGUCCACCGGGAACAUUGUUUAUCUUGUUGUUGUUUACAGCCGAAAUGACACUCUGACGCAUGUUUCCCACACGCUGACAGCCUUCACAGGAUGUAAACACUAACAUCACCGAGCACUAGACAGGUUCCACUCGUUUCAUACUAUACUGUAGUCGUGCUGAAGGCCACAUGCAACGGGUUUAGCGCUGCUCCAUAAAAGAAAUACCUGGUGGAGACAAAGCCUAAAGAUGGGGAUUUAAAAUGCAUACGCAAUUCUGAGUUUACACCUUUGUGAGGCUCUGAAGAAGCGUUUAAGCUGUGUAUUUAAAAAGGCUGAGAGUCACAUGGGUGUAAAUGAGGAGUUUCAUUCAAAAAUAUCCUUAAUACGGAAGUCUCAGUGUUUGCCGCAGGUUCCUUAAAUGUCACCAGUUUGAAUUUGCUAAAAUCUUCAAUAACUUAUUUUGGAAUGAAACUCCAUCAGAUAUGAGCUUCUGUUGUAAAUCCAGUAUUUUGUUUUAUACUGAAUAUGUAAUGAAACGGUGAUGGCUGGGACUCUGUUGGAGAUUGAGAAUGAGAGAAUGGAAUAAAAAAUGGAUUUAUCUUUUAUUGUGAAA